AUCUUGCUAAAAUGGCUGCCUUGUUGUUGGCGACUGUUGGGUGCUUGUUUGGAAACUAAUGUUUAUUUCUUUCAAUUAUUAUGAGUUCAGUUGGUUGUUUGUGCGAAACAUCGUGUAGUUCGUCAUUGUGUUAGAAUUUGUGAUAUGUAUUAAUCUGUAUCGGCGCUAUAAUACGGGAAUCCGAAGACAACGUAAUAGCUGUUGGUUCGGGCAACACCCGGCACAGUGAGCCCCAACAGAAGCCCUGUAGGAGAGCCAAGCCAAUGAGUACAUCCCGCAAGUAAACAACUAUGUCCAAGAUGUGGCCGGCGUCGCAGUACACACACUCCAAUCUGAACACCCAGAAGACCAAUGAGCAUCAGAACCAACAGAAUCUCAAAACAUUGGGGAUGACUUCGGCUAUUUCUAUGGCUGGUCCCAAGCCGAUAGACAUUGAGAAGACAAACGAACUGAAAGACUCGCUGACACCGUACGGAGUGUUUGAGUCUGAGAAUGAGAUGCAUCACCGCAUGGAGGUGCUGGGCCAGUUGCAUAGGCUGGUGCGGCAGUGGAUCAGGGACGAGUCGCUCAGGAAGAAUAUGCCGCCCAGCGUGGCCGAUACUGUCGGCGGGAAUAUCUACACUUUUGGAUCUUAUCGCCUUGGGGUUCACCACAGAGGAGCGGACAUAGACGCUCUGUGCGUCGCCCCACGCCACAUAGAGAGGACAGACUAUUUCCAGUCGUUUUACGACCUUUUGAAACAACAGCCGCAGGUGCGCGACCUGCGUGCGGUGGAAGAUGCUUUUGUGCCGGUCAUAAAGAUGAAUUUUGAUGGCAUCGAAAUUGAUUUGCUGUUCGCUAGGCUCGCUCUUAAGGAGAUACCAGAUUCCUUCGACCUGCGGGACGAUAUGCUACUCAAGAACCUGGAUCAGAAAUGUGUUCGUUCCCUGAACGGGUGCCGCGUCACGGACGAAAUACUACGACUUGUGCCAAAUAUAGACAACUUUAGGCUGACAUUGCGCGCCAUCAAGCUGUGGGCCAAACGUCACGGCAUCUACUCCAACACCCUGGGAUACCUGGGUGGCGUGUCGUGGGCGAUGCUGGUGGCGCGCACCUGCCAGCUGUACCCCAACGCGUUGCCAGCGACGCUGGUGCACAAGUUCUUCCUCGUGUUCAGCCAGUGGAAGUGGCCUCAGCCGGUGCUGUUGAAGCAACCGGACAACGUCAACCUCGGCUUCCCUGUGUGGGACCCCCGGGUAAACCUCUCGGACAGAUUCCAUUUGAUGCCAAUCAUCACACCCGCUUACCCCCAACAAAACUCCACCUUCAACGUGUCUGCCUCCACCAGGACUGUCAUUUGCGAAGAGUUUAGACUCGGUUUAGCGAUAACAGACGAGAUUAUGUUAAGUAAAUGCGGCUGGGAGCGAUUAUUCGAAGCGCCGAAUUUCUUCUCUCGCUACAAACACUUCAUAGUGCUUCUGGCGUCGUCGGCGAACGGCGACGACCAGCUGCAGUGGUGCGGGCUCAUCGAGAGCAAGAUACGACAUCUUAUCAACACGCUGGAGCGCAAUCAACACAUAACUAUAGCGCACGUGAAUCCGGAAUGCUACAGUUCUGUUCCGCUCAAUACUAACAACGGUCAACCUCUUGCCUUGCCACCAGGAGCACCGGUUCCAACCGACCCUGCGCCAGUCCUUGAGAAAAAUGAAAACGGCGAUAUAAUCCCAAACCACUGCUCAAUGUGGUUCAUAGGCCUCGUCUUCGAGAAGACCAACGUGAAUGUGGACCUGACGUACGAUAUUUUGUCGUUCACUAAAGCCGUGCAUUACCAGGCCGACCACACCAAUAUGCUGAGGGAGGGCAUGACUAUCGAGGCCCGCCACGUCCGCCGCAAGCAGCUGCACCAAUAUCUCUCUCCCUCUCUGCUGAAGCGAGAGAGGACGUCGUCGUCGUCGAAACGGAAGCCGGAGCCGUGCGGAGCGCCCGCGCCCAGCAAGAAGACCAAACGGGUGUCCGAGAGUAGCGUGAGUUGUGCGGAUGAAGUAAGCCUCCUAUCCUACAACGAUGACUCGAACUCGUCAAACAUGUACGAGGUCCAGCUCCAGAACGGGACGCACACAGACAAGCAGACAGAGAAGCCGGAGCCGUCCAGCUCUAUAGCUGUCUCGUAGCAGUACGAGACGUGGAGACAACGGUUCAUAUACGGGACCGGCAAGCGAAAAUUGUGAACUUGUUUUAGUGAUACAACAGUGAAUUGUUUGUGACUAUGUGAAGUGUUAAAGUGUAGGGAAAGGUGCCAGGUAUUUGCUCGGUGAGUAUCUUGGAUUUUACGCUGGUGUUAUAUUGUUAGAGACUGAAUUAUUAAGUGUAGACGAAUGUGGCAGGUUUCGGUGAGUAUCGUAGAUUUUAUCGCAAACUUGUUAUGAAAUUCAGAACAGAUUAGCUAUAUCUAAACUGUCUGACACUUAACUCUUUCGCCAGGCACGAAUUAAGUAAUAUUUUUGUCUUUAUAUAAAGAGAGUAAACUAUGAAUGUGGUUGGCGAAUUACUUAAUAUUUGGUCAUAAAUAUACAAAGACUAAGAAAAUUAUGAAUGCAUAGCCACAUGAGAUAGAACUAUUACUGCAGGUGGCGGCCCGUGUAAAAGCCCGCAUACAAUGAGGGACAAAAGAUAUUAGCGUUCUGUCUAGUUUCUCGUUAUGUGAUUUCAAAACGCGUUUCUUGUUCUUGUGAGCAAAAUCAAAAUGUAAAGAGGUCUAUAAUUUCCUCUGUAUAUCUGACUAGUGACUGUACUAUGCGUAAAAAGUUAUUAAGCUGAUAGUGCGUUUAUAGAUCUAUUUGAUCUACUUUCUAAAUCUUAUAUUCCACAGAGCUAUAGGCGAAGAAUACGCCGAAUGGACUCGAGUUCGAUAUAUAUUGCUGGUUAUUCCUUGCGUUGAUACAUAGCUCACAUUAACUGCCAGCAGUGUAUUGUAUCUGAGUUUUGCUAUUUGUAGCAAGCCAUAAGGCAUGGGAGUAUGUUGCAGUCAUGCCAAAUGGAAUGAGAAUUCAUUGAUAUUAUAAAAGGGAUUUAAGAGGAAGUUUGUUACGCCACACGAACUAUAUAACAUAGGUAUAACUUCACCGUCAUAGUUAUACCUUUCAGUGCACAAGAAAGAGAUGUUGGGCUACAGAUGAAAGGGAUGGCAAUACGUGAACUUUGGAUGAAAAAGUUAAGAGGAGUAUUGGCUACCUAUGGACAUAUUUAACGGAAAGCCGAUCUGCUUUCAUCCUGCUUCUCAUUUUUUUUAUAACUGCAUCCCUUUCUGUGUCGGUCGAUAGUUUCCAAGUUGGAUUGUCUGUUACAAGUUUAACAGAAUUAUGACUUAAGGAAAAGCCAAAGGAAGAUAAAUAGAAAGUAUGAACGAAAAACGCGAUACCAUCUACAGUAAGGGCAUGCACGAAAAAUGUUGUUAUUGUUAUAAUAACCAUUUUGCAUAUACUAACGAUUUAAACAAGGGCAAAUAAUAACCCCAGCCUUAACUUUACUAAAAUAAGAUUCAUUUUCAAGUGAUACUCAUUGAUACUCAAUUAAGAGAUAGAUAGCCUAAGAUGUCUUUAAUUAGAAAUAAUUCAUCUUAAUUUCCAUGCAGAAUUUGAAUGAAUCUGAUUUUAAUAAAGUUAAGGUUGGUCUUUUUUGCGUUUUUUUUUCUUAAUUGUAUUUUUCUGCUUAGUCCUGUAAUCUGUUGGGGAUAUAUAAUUCUUGUUCGUAAGCAAAUAGUUUACUGUAACAAUUUAACAAUAAUUUUUGUGCAUAGUUAUCAGUGUAUAACUGUCGUUUUGGUUGGGUUAGUAGACACUCUAAUUUUGCUAUGAUCUCGACUCUUUCGCGUCGUAACUGUAAAGACCGCUUUGAGAAGAAAUAUAACACAAAGUUUGACUAAAUAUAUUCUAUACUGAUGUCAAAUUGUUUGUGUUAUAUGUUGCAGAAAAAUCAACAGAUAUACUAUAGACAAAUUUACUUGUCGAAAGCAUUGCUAAAGACAGAUUUACAGAUAUUCUUGACAAUUAAGAACAACAAUUACAUAGUAAUCGAUUUUUCUGUGACUCUAGGCAAUUUGAUUAAAGAAAUUUGAUAAUGGAAUACCAACCUAAUAGGUAAGUAUCUAAUUAGAACAGUCAAAGUUCAAAUAGUCAGCUAUUUGACAAAAAAUACAUAGUCAAGGUACUUGGAAGUAAUUGUAUUUGGUCAUCUAAAAUAAUUUAUAUGCAAUAUGAUUAUUAUGAGGGAAAAUUUGUUGAGUAGAAUACCCCCCCCCCCCCCCCCCCUAAUAAGUGGUUAUAUCACAGAAAUUACUGAAUUUUGAUUACUACUAUUAUUCUAUCAUUGUUUCACUGCUUACAGUAAAAUGUUUAUAGUUUCGUGAAAAAUAUCACCUGCGUGUUGCUUUUUGUUAUGAUGUUUUGACCCUAUCUUCUUUCUUUAUAAUAUUUAAUAAUUAACAUGAAGAGACAAAACAUUGCCUGAACAGGAUUUUUACGAAUAGGGGGGUUAAAAAAUCUAGCUAUAUUUAUUAGAAAGGAUUAAAAAAUAUAUCUGUAUAUCCAUAACCUAAAUACUAAUUAUCCAUAACAAAAAUAAGCAAUAUCUGACAAAAAAAAUAGAUAUUUUUCUAAUUUAAAUAUUUAAUUCUUAUUGUUUUUUAGGUUAACGAUUUGGACAAUCGUACAGACCUACGUAAGUCGAUGUAUAGCUAUAGUGUGAUGCAUUUCGAUAUAUGAAAAUUAUAAAAAAAAUAUAUGUGAAUAUUAUAUUGUAAUGAUUGGUUUAGUUACAACCCGACGUGCAUUCGGGGUACUAUUGGGAUAGCUGAUUCUGUUUUUUGUAAUGUGUGUUUAAAUUAAUACCGGCUUCACACUAUCGCCAAACUCGGGACAGAUGUCGACGCGUGAUGCAUGAACAUUGCGUAAUUUGUAUGAGUGCUUUUAUAUACUGCUAAAAAAAUCAGCAAUGUAUACAGAGGCCGCCAAAGAUCGGCGAAAUUUUACUCUAGUUUAGUGUGGAGUCGGCAUAAUGUACAGAGGUCGUAGUGCGACUUUGCUAUUCGAUAUCAACCGCCGUGCGUUUUCGAAACGAGAUGCAGCGAACCAAUCACAAUAUAUUAUUGUGAUGUGACAACAACUACAACAUAAUGUGAUUGGUUAGCCGCGUCUUACUUCGAUAUCUAAUGAAAAAGUCGCCUCAAAUAAUGUGAUAUUAAAUAUGUCCGAUUUGCUAGGUUUCAGUGAAGUCAGUUUAACAAAACCAGAGAGUUUUUUUUUCGAAAAGUAUUCUCUACUCGUAAAGAUUAUCAAAUUGGCAGAGAAAUAAGAAUCACAAUAAACAAAAUAAAACUAAGUAAAAUAUAAAUAACAUCGCAAUGCAUGUGAUAUUGGGCGUACAUACGUGUUUUUGGCUGUGUCUUUUAUCUACUUUCGAUGCGCCAAAAGCUUUUUGACCUCACAUCAUAUGUAAGAACAUAUGAUGUGGGGUCAAAAAGCUUUGCUGGUUGAAAGUCCUUAAACAAUAUUUCCAUACGUUAUUUGGUUCGUCAUUUUUAAUGCAAUCAAUAUUUAUUUACCGGAGCCUCCUUAAUUAAAAAAAAAAUUAAAACCUGAGAAAUCAAAUAAUGCACUAAUAAAAUCUGUCUCUUCUGAUUGUUUAUAAUAAUAUAAUGCAAAUAAUAAUAAUAUAAUGCAAACAGUUAUUAAUUAAUAUGUUCGUAACUAUCGUAAUGAAUAUCAGAUUUCAGCCAGUUUAUUUUUUACCCAAGCCUCCUUAAAAUAUGUAAAUGACUGAAGCCUAAUAUUUCGCUAAAGUCCAUUUCUGAGUUAGAAGGAAUAAUAAACAAUAAAUACCCUGAAUAAAUAUUUCUCUAUCAUUUAUACACAGCAAAUCUUGAAGUAUCAUCAGAUUUUUAAUCUAGCUCAGAAAAGGUCUUUAAAAAAAACGUUGUCACAGAUGAAAUCAAUCCAUUUGUUAUGUGCGAUUUGAUUUUUAUGCGAUCUUUUAUGUAGUUCUAAAACAUGUACGUCUGUAUUGAUUUAGCCUUUGAUUGAGAUAUUCCAUAUUACUGUACCGUUUUCAAUGAAAUAUAGUGGUGACUUAAAUAAAAUUUUCUUCGACUUGUAAAAAUCAAGGUGUAGUCUUGAGAGUCAUCAGGGGUAUUCGGGACUAAAAAAUCCGGAUGGCUACCAUAGAUCGAUAAAAAUAUAGAAAUUAAAGCAUACCUACCCAAACUAGGUUAGGUUUGCGACCCACAUUAGGUUGAAAUGGUUGCAUUUGUUUUAAUUGCGGCCUUAAUGUAUAUUUUUCUAACAUUUUAACCGUAAGUCCACUGGACUUAACUUUUUAAUAAUAUCACGAAUUACUAUAUGUUACGAGAAUAUUAAGAACAGAAUCAGCAGUCCCAUUUGGUUUAUACGGAUAGUUUAAGUUUGUUAAGCGCUACAUACAAACGUAUGCACCCGUGUUUGCUUGCAGGUCGCUGUCGCCGGGGCAUGUAAGUUGAAUAUUUUUAGUAAGAGCUGACUGAAAGAGAAUGUAUGAGACAUUCUCAAUUUACACGUCAAAAUUUGUAUCAAUAUUAUGUUUUAUUCUUCUAUUAGGUGACUGACAGACAACACAGACGAAACUAAUAUUUCCGGUACCGGGUGUAGGGAAUGUCGAAGGAUUUUCCGGAAAUUUCGAAGAACAGGAAAAAAAUUAAUUACACCCGUGUUUUAAGUCUUGAGCAAAAAUUUGUUUUAGAAUAAUUUUAUAUUUAUUUGAUUUACGAUAGUAGACUUGAUUAGUACCACCGAAAUAAAUCAGUAGUUUUUGAUAUAUUUUGUAUUAUCUUCGAGUGUUGAAAACUUGAGUGUGAUCAACUAAAACAUAAAAAUAAUUUCUGAAACUAUUCUUGUUGUUAAUCAAGGGUCCUGUCUCUUUCUCAUCAGCUUUUACUAUACACCUACUAAUCACAUUUGCAAGAAAUAUUAUUUUAAUAUUUCACCCAAUAACGAAAGCGUUCAACGAAGUUACACAAAAUGCCAAAUAUACCGGUAUAUUGGUAUAAUCUGCAAUCGCGAACAUAUUCGAAGUCAAUAUUAUACAAAGACGUCUUCAAAUUAUUCUGAUGUUAUAACGUAAAUUUUAAUUUACAUUCGAUAUUGGAGCGAAAUUGCAAUAAAGAACCUUAUCGCGCAGUAUAUUAGAGUCCCAUUAUUAGAUCGUCGGCGUCUCUGCUUCAAAUUGCUUCUGAUUAUUCCCGCGCAUUCAGCUAAUAUUAACAGCAACCGAGUAAGAAUUUUACAAAGAACAUAACGGCACAUUUUUUUAUUUAUUUAAGGGGAUAUUUUGAAAAAGCGUGACAUAUAUGUUUUAAAUCGCGCACCCCCCGUAUAACCCAUAUAAUAAUAAUUUUAACGCCAUUUGUGUACUUUUUUAGGUCGAUAUCUUUUUUUAUGAUACAUAGUAUAAAUAAAUGUAAGGUGCUAUCAAUUUCCAAAAUACAUUUUAAAUAAUAUACCCAAUGAUUUUACGAUGAUUUUUACACUCGCAAAAAUAUUUGUGUAAAACAUAGAUAAAAUAAACGAAACCACUACGAAAAUACUUAUAUUUAAAUUAUUGAGUAACAUUUAGUUUAGAUUUUAUAAUAUCAGCUUUCACAUACCAUACUAUUAUGUAUAUAUAUUAUAAUAAAUAGCCAUUGUAAAUAGCAUUGAUUUCUAUUAUUUUAAUGAUAUUUCUUGCAAAUGAUAAAAACAGGUACAAAGUGGAGGACAUGUCGUGUAGUAAUUGUUUAGUGUUUUGUUUUUACCUCAUUGUACGCGUUCACUUAAUUAAAUCGCAAGAAGUCUAGGUUUAAAAAAUGAAAACAGAUGAAUAAAUAAAUGCUUUUAUAUUAAUUUCACAUUAUAAAUAUUCUUUUUAUACAAUCAAUAGUUAAAAUUCUCACUUUUUCAUUUUAUAUCAAUAUUUCCUAAAUUAUUUGUAUAGAUAAUUUAAAAAUAGGUACUUAAAUCUUAGCUUCGAGCGAGCACUUUAUGUGAACCUAGAUAAACAUAAUAAUUCCGCGUUUUAAUCGAGAAAUAUAAACAUUAUCGUGUUAGUAACAAUUGCAAUGUCGAUUGUUUAUUGUAUUUUUAAUACUUUUAUAUGAGAUUGAUGUUUCCAUAAAGUUUUAUUUAUUGCUCUGUCCGAAAACAGUUUUAGCGGCGCAUUUUUUCAUAUAUUGAGAACCGAUUGAUGUUAACAGUGGUGCAAAUUGUGACACGGCAGUAGUGGAACAAAAUUACAGUUCAUUAAUGUAAUGAAACUUACAAAAUGAAAUCAAUACCUCUAGUAACAGCAGACAUUUUUUUUCCGACUUUCCAUAAUAUUUAAAAUCUAUGACGUCGUGUGAUAAAUACUGACUUUUGGACUGUAAUCGUGGGCUAGGCUACAUUUAAUAGGAUGAAAACAUCAAAACGUGUAUCGUUAAACUGUAUUUACGGAUUUAUUCGUGUUGUUUUGUUAUCGGAUUUAGGCAAAUACGGUUUAAAUUUAAUUUACAUCUAAAUACCAACAGGAAAAGAGAUUUCUUCUACUUUCAAAAUUAUUUUCUCAGCGGUAAAUGGAUAUUUUUUUUCUAAGCAUGUGUGCGUACACGAUUUUCUUAGAUGUUUAGAUUUAAACAAUGAUUCCACCUAGUUAUAAGACUCAAAUGUAUCUUCAGGACACUCGUACAUUGUAAGUUGUAUAUAACGAUAGCCAAUUGAUUAUAUAUAAAAUAUAUAUCUCGAAAAAAUAUUUAAAAUUGAACAAAAAAAGCGGAAUAAAUGUACAUACAAAAAGGAA